GCGCCCUCCCCUACCACGCAGCAGGGCGGAGUGCCUUGACGUUGAUGCAGGAAACAUUGGUCUUUUGACCAAGUUUGCAGGAAAAGUCGGGCACUGCCCUUUGCUGUAUGCGCUGUAUUUUACUGUGUUAUUGCAGCCAUCUGUAUGUUACUAAUAAGCGCUGAGGGUGGGGCGGUCAUUUGUUAGAGAGGGAUAAACGUCGUUUUCGGAGGGAAGAGAUCGCGAAGCGGAACAAGAGUCUCUGACUUCCCCGAUCCCAGGACCUUCAGGAGUGAAAACGGCUGUGUGCUCUUCAUGCGAAGCCGGGACCUGCGCCACCUCAUCCCUUGCCGUGUUUAUUUUUGUGUUUGAUAUUAAAAUAGAAAUUGGGGCGACCGGAGUAGCGCAAAAUCCAAACAAACGGAGUGUAGUCCGCUGACGUCUGCCGCCAUGUCUCUGGCGCUGAAACAAGUCUUCAACAAGGACAGGACAUUCCGGCCCAAGCGUAAGUUUGAGCCGGGAACGCAGCGAUUUGAGCUGCACAAGAAGGCCCAGGCCUCCCUGAAUGCCGGGCUGGACCUGAAGCAGGCCGUGCAGCUGCCCCACGGCGAGGGCCUCAACGACUGGGUGGCCGUGCACGUGGUGGACUUCUUCAAUCGCAUCAAUCUCAUCUACGGCACCAUCAGCGACUCCUGCACGGACCAGUCCUGCCCGAUUAUGUCCGGCGGGCCCAAGUAUGAGUACCGUUGGCAGGAUGAGCAGAAGUACAAGAAGCCCACAGCCCUCUCUGCCCCCCGCUACAUGAACCUGCUGAUGGAUUGGAUAGAGGUACAGAUCAACAAUGAGAACAUCUUCCCCACCAAUGUUGGUACACCUUUUCCCAAAAAUUUCAUGCAAGUAGCGAAGAAGAUCCUGUCUCGCCUGUUCCGGGUCUUUGUACACGUCUACAUCCAUCACUUCGACCGCGUGAGCCAGCUAGGUGCGGAAGCUCACGUCAACACCUGUUACAAGCAUUUCUACUACUUCGUCACAGAGUUCGGCCUCAUAGACCACAAAGAGCUGGAACCGCUGAAGGAAAUGACGUCUCGGAUGUGUCAUUGAGAGGGACCCAGCAGCGAUCGCUUGACUUCCCACCAGCUUGAGACGGCUACCUAUACAGAAGACUGAAACAGGAAAUACAAACCACAGAGUCUAUUUUUUUUUAAAUAUGUAUUGUAAUUACAUUUAUAGGUGGAAAUGUAUUGAAUAGCCUAUUUUCUGUUUUUCAUGGAAGAUGAAAAAUUUAUAAUCUAGUAUUAACGAGCUAUUUUUUUUAAAUGAGAUGAAAUCAGUCCUUUCCUAUUUUGCUUUUGCUUUUAGCUUACAAAUUAUGAUUUAUACCGUCAUAUAUAUACUAUUGACGACAUAAAAUACGCACUGAAGACCACUUACCUUUCAUGUGUGAUCAUGUGGUUGUUUGGUAUGGGAUUUUUUAGAUGGUUUUAAUAUUUUUAAAGUAUCCAGUGUGGAUUUUGCCGAGCCACAGAGUAUCAAUCCUGAUCAGAAACCUCAGUUGAAAGACUUUGUGCCGAAUGAUCAUCUGAACAAAAAAGUGUUUAAGAUAGCAUGACUCGAACAUUUGGUGAGAGAUUUUUUUCUCCUGGGCUACACAUUAUUUCCCAAAAUUUUGUACUGGCGGUUUUAGAACUAAAGUAUUUGUUUUCACAUAGUGGGGGGAAGUGGUGUCUAUAAUCUUGCUAUAAAGAAAUCCUGUACAUUACAGCCUCUCCCCAGGUUUCGAUAGGUUUGUAGGAACAUAACCCCAUCAUAAGGUGAAAUUUUAAUACACCUAAAUUAAACAGCAUAGCUUAACCUAGCCCACCUUAAACAUGCUUAGAACACUCACAUUAGCCUACAGUUGGGUAAAAUCAUAAACACAACACCUAAUUUCUAUAAAAAAUUGUUGAACAUAUCAUGUAAUUGGUUGAAUUAUUUAAUGAAGGUGAAAAACAUUUACCCGUAACACGGAGGAUCGUAACCCGAGGAGCAUCUGUAUGUACGUGCUGACUGUGUUUGCACCAGCCAGUUUGUCAGCAUAAAAAUCCAUGUCGUACAUUAACGCCUUACGGUUUUUGCCACUAGAUGGCGCAAAAAGCCGUGCAGCCAAGGAUGGGCCGCCCCUGGAAGAUAAAAGUUUGCUUCCCGUUUAAUGUAAUUUAUGAUUGGAAACAUUUAAAUCUCGAAGUAAACUGGUUUACGAUAUACAAACGAUGUAACAAUGGGCUGUUAAACAGACCAAGUAGAAUCCAACGUUAUAAAACAUGGGGCGAACCUACGGUUCCUCGCCAUGUGGAUCAUUAAGUGAUAUUGGCUGUGCAGCAAAUCACUACUUCCAAUUGUGCUGUAGUCUAGGGAAUGCAAUAUUUAAACGCAAUAUUUACAAUAAAACUAACAAUGCAAAUAAAA